AUGAUUGCUUGUAAAGAAAGAAACCUGUUGGUAGUCUUUGAAGUUCACCCUAGAACAGGGGAAGAUGUUGUUUGGAGGUUGCACUUCAGUCCCGUUAGAAGAAAGUACAAUAGGGUUUGGAUCCCUGAUAAUGAAAAAGUUUGGCAGUCUGCAGAAAUCACAAAAAACUACAAAGCUGGAGACCGUUUUCUCCAUGUGCAAUUAGAAGAUGGAACUGAACUGAAUUACCCUGUUGAUCCAACUGCUUUGCCACCCCUACGAAAUCCUGACAUACUUGUUGGUGAAAAUGAUCUCACUGCCCUUAGUUAUCUCCAUGAACCAGCCGUUCUACACAAUCUUAAAGUUCGUUUUGUGGAGUCUAAGCUUAUCUACACCUAUAGUGGAAUAAUUUUGGUUGCAAUAAACCCCUAUAAACAGUUGCCUAUAUAUGGAGAUGCUAUUAUCCAUGCAUAUAGCGGGCAAAACAUGGGGGACAUGGAUCCGCAUAUAUUUGCUGUGGCAGAAGAAGCAUACAAGCAGAUGGCAAGAAAUAACAAAAAUCAGUCUAUUAUAGUCAGCGGAGAAUCAGGAGCUGGAAAGACUGUGUCUGCAAGAUACACUAUGAGAUACUUUGCCACUGUGAGUAAGUCAAGCAGCAAUGCACAUGUGGAGGACAAAGUACUGGCAUCCAAUCCGAUAACCGAGGCUGUUGGCAAUGCAAAAACUACACGGAAUGAUAAUAGCAGUCGAUUUGGAAAAUACACUGAAAUCAGUUUUGAUCAGAGUUACCAAAUCAUUGGAGCUAACAUGAGAACAUACCUGCUUGAGAAAUCCAGGGUUGUCUUUCAGUCCGAGAAUGAGAGAAACUACCAUAUAUUUUAUCAGUUGUGUGCAUCUGCCAUGCAACCUGAAUUUAAGCAUCUUAAAUUGGGAAGUGCAGAAGAAUUUAACUACACAAGAAUGGGUGGCAGCACAGUAAUAGAAGGAGUUGAUGACAGAGCAAAUAUGGUGGAGACUCAGAAGACAUUUGCCUUACUGGAUCUGAAGGGGGAUUUUCAGAUGGAUGUUUUUAAAAUACUGGCAGCAAUUCUACACUUAGGCAAUGUGGAAAUAACAGCUGUUGGAGAUGAAAGGUCAUCCAUCAGUCUGGAAGAUAAACAUCUGAAUAUAUUCUGUGAACUUCUGGAUUUAAACUGUGACAAAAUGGCACAAUGGUUGUGCCACCGAAAGAUUAUCACUACCUCAGAGACGGUAAUAAAGCCAAUGACAAGAGCUCAGGCUGUUAAUGCAAGGGAUGCUCUGGCAAAGAAGAUCUAUUCUCAUUUAUUUGACUUUAUUGUGGAAAGAAUUAACCAAGCUUUGCAGUUCCCUGGCAAACAACAUACUUUUAUUGGUGUUUUGGACAUUUAUGGCUUUGAAACAUUUGAUGUGAACAGUUUUGAACAGUUUUGCAUCAAUUAUGCUAAUGAAAAACUGCAGCAGCAAUUUAACCUGCAUGUCUUUAAACUUGAACAAGAAGAAUAUAUGAAGGAAGAUAUCCCAUGGACUUUAAUAGACUUCUAUGACAACCAGCCUGUCAUUGACCUUAUUGAAGCUAAAAUGGGAAUUUUAGAGCUUCUGGAUGAAGAAUGCUUGUUACCUCAUGGAACAGAUGAAAACUGGCUUCAAAAGCUAUAUAAUAAUUUCGUCAAUAAAAAUGCACUCUUUGAAAAGCCGAGGAUGUCAAACACGUCGUUCAUCAUUCAACACUUUGCUGAUAAGGUAGAAUAUAAAUGUGAAGGAUUUCUGGAAAAAAACAGGGAUACAGUAUAUGAAGUAUUGACUGAAAUCUUGAAAGAGAGCAAGUUCCGGAGUUCUUUGUCUUUACUUAUGGUGACGCUCAAUGCAACCACUCCUCAUUACGUACGAUGCAUAAAACCAAAUGAUGAGAAGUUGCCUUUUGAGUUUGAUUCAAAGAGAGUGGCUCAGCAACUGCGAGCAUGUGGUGUUUUGGAAACUAUUCGGAUUAGUGCACAGAGCUACCCAUCCAGGUGGACUUACAUUGAGUUUUUCAGCCGUUACAGCAUUCUUAUGACACAACAGGAACUCUCCAUAAAUGAUAAGAAGCAGAUUUGCAAGACUGUUUUGCAGCGGCUAAUCCAGGAUCAUAACCAAUAUCGGUUUGGGAGAACAAAAAUUUUCUUCAGAGCAGGACAGGUUGCUUACUUAGAAAAACUGCGAUCAGAUAAACUGAGACAUGCAUGCAUCAUGAUCCAAAAGAGUGUUCGAGGCUGGCUGCAGCGGAAGAAGUUCCUUCGCAUAAAACAAGCCGCUAUUAUAAUACAGCAGUAUUUCCGGGGGCAGCGGACUGUACGGCAAGCUAUAACUGCAAGAACUCUGAAGGAAACAUGGGCAGCUAUAAUUAUUCAGAAAUACUGUCGGGGUUACCUGGUCCGUAGACUUUGCCAGCUCAUCCAUGUGGCUGCUGUAACAAUUCAAGCUUAUACAAGAGGAUUUCUAGCAAGAAAAAAAUAUCGGAAGAUGCUUGAAGAACACAAGGCUGUGAUCCUUCAGAAAUAUGCCCGUGCAUGGCUUGCCAGGCGCAGAUUUCAGAAUAUUCGACGGUUUGUAUUGAAUAUCCAGCUUUCAUACAGAGUUCAGCGACUGCAGAAAAAGAUAGAAGAACAGAGUAGAGAAAAUCAUGGCUUGCUGGAACGAUUGACCAGUCUGGCUUCAACUCAUAUGAAUGACAUGGAUACAAUUCAGAAACUCGAAUUAGAUCUUGAAAAGUUAACUGCUCAAAAGAGAACAUAUGAAGAGAAAGGGAAAAAAUAUAGAGAGGACAGUGAACAGAAAAUCUUAAAACUUGAGAAUCAGAAUAAAGAACUACAAGAACAGAAAAAGACCUUAGAAAUAAAGCUCCAAGAAAAAACUGAGGAAAUGAAAGAGAAAAUGGAUGACCUCACAAAGCAACUCUUCAAUGACGUACAAAAAGAAGAAAAUCAGAGAAUGAUACUUGAGAAAAAUUUCCAAAAUCAGAAGCAGGACUAUGAAAAGGAGAUUGAAUUGCUCAAGGGAGAAAUUAAGAUUCUGAAAGAAGAAAAAACUCAGCUACAACAUCAAAUUCAGCAAGAAAUUGUCAUUCAGGAUGGCUUGAAAGUGGAAGUAGGACAACUUACAAAACAAGCACAGAAAAUACCUGAGUUGCAAAAGGAAAUUGAACUGCUGCAGACACAGAAACUGGAUGUUGAAAAGCAGGCCCAGUCACAGAAGCGAGAAUUGAGGGAAAAGAUGUCAGAAGUUACAAAGCAGCUUCUUGAAAGUUAUGAUUUUGAAGAUGUAAGAAGCAGACUCUCUACGGAGGAUUUGGAACACUUAAAUGAGGAUGGAGAACUGUGGUUUGCUUACGAGGGCUUGAAAAAAGCUACAAGAGUAUUGGAAAGUCAUUUCCAGUCUCAGAAAGAAAUAUAUGAAAAGGAGAUUGAAGGUUUGAACUUUAAAGUUGAACACCUAAGCCAAGAUAUUAAUCAUCUACAAAAAUUAUUUCGAGAGGAAAAUGACAUAAAUGAUGGUAUUCGACUUGAAGUUAGCAGGCUGACUUCAGAAAACCUGGUUGACAAGUUCUAUGCUUUGAUAGUGAAAAACCAGAUGCCUGGGGGAUUUAUGGUGGUUAACAGAACAAAUGAGGCACAGAAUGAAAUAGACAUAAAAGAAAAAGAGAGACUGAAAGUCACAACCCAAGAAAUUGAGGGGCUGAGCAAUGGUUUGAUGCAAGAUGAAAUCCAGGAUAAAGUAAAAAGCAAGAUAAAGCAAGAAACAACUCGACUUACUGUGGAAAACAUGGAUCUUGAAGAAGAACUAGACAUGAAAGACAGAAUAAUAAAAAAAUUGGAGGAUCAGAUCAAAACUCUUACCAAGACUAUUGAAAAAACUGAAGCUCAUGUGCCAACUUCGUCCAAAGAGUACAUUGGAAUGAUGGAGUACAAAAAAGAGGACGAAGAAAGAAUCAUUCAAAAUCUGAUCCUCGAUUUAAAGCCACGUGGAGUUGUAGUUAAUAUGAUACCUGGCCUUCCAGCUCACAUCCUGUUCAUGUGUGUGAGGUAUGCAGAUUAUCUGAAUGAUCCUGACAUGCUGAAAUCUUUCAUGAAUGUAACCAUUGAUGGUAUCAAACAAGUUGUUAAGGAACAUUCGGAAGACUUUGAGAUGUUGUCCUUUUGGCUUUCCAAUACAUAUUAUUUUCUUAACUGUUUGAAGCAGUACAGCGGGGAAGAGGAAUUUAUGAAGUAUAACACUCCGCGUCAGAAUAAGAACUGUUUGAAGCAUUUUGAUCUCUCAGAAUACAGACAAAUUCUUAGUGAUUUGGCCAUUCGUAUCUAUCACCAAUUCGUUAUUGUAAUGGAGAACAACAUUCAGCCCAUGAUCGUACCAGGCAUGCUGGAAUAUGAAAGUCUUCAGGGAAUUUCUGGCUUGAAACCUACAGGGUUCCGUAAACGUUCUUCUAGUAUAGAUGACUCGGAUACCUACACAAUGACCUCCAUCCUGCAACAGCUCAGCUAUUUUUAUAGUACUAUGUGCCAGAAUGGCUUGGACUCUGAGCUUCUAAAGCAGGCAGUGAAGCAGCUUUUCUUUCUGAUUGGCGCUAUCACCCUCAAUAGUCUCUUCCUCCGCAAGGACAUGUGCUCUUGUAGAAAAGGAAUGCAGAUAAGAUGUAAUAUCAGCUACUUGGAAGAAUGGCUUAAGGACAAGAAUCUUCAAAGCAGCAAUGCUAAAGAAACUUUAGAGCCUCUAUCUCAAGCAGCCUGGCUCCUUCAGGUCAAAAAGAUCACAGAUGAUGAUGCCAAGGAAAUAUGUGAACACUGCACAUCUCUUUCUACUGUGCAGAUAGUUAAGAUCCUCAACUCAUACACUCCAAUAGAUGAUUUUGAAAAAAGAGUGACUCCAUCAUUUGUCCGUAAAGUCCAGCUCUCUCGAACCGCAAAGAUGUGUGACCAGACCUUUUUAGCAGUUGUAUUUGGUCCAUGUGACAAGUGCUCCAACGAGAAGCCCCUUAGGGCUGUUUACAUCAAAUCAGAACAACUCAGCUACUGCUCACUAUGUGUGGAAAUGGCAGAUGAGAGCACUGAUUUGGUGGUUGUACCUGGUGUGGUGUGUACAGUUCACUGGCUGACGCAGCACAUCCUCGUGUGUUACAUUGUUUAG